AUGAGUAAAUCAACAAAUCGAGAAAUUAAUUAUCGCCCUAGAUAUCCGAUAUUGCGUGCUUGCGAUCUAACAGGAAUCAAACUACUACGGAUCGUCAAGGUUAAUAUCAUGCUACUCAUUCUUCUGAUGUGCAUGCUGACUGCCAUCUGCUGUUCCGAGGUGAUCGAGAUCAAUAGUCCAAUAGAAGCGAGUCACCAAAACUCAUCAGAUCUACUAGACCAUGUGAUCCUUGGAAAGAAUCCCCCAAGUCUUAAUUUUGGUCAAGUUCUCACAGACCCUGGCGACUUGAAUCUGACCUUCGUUCCUUGGCCCAUCACCAGAAGUACCCAAAACGAAAGCCAACCGUUAAAUUCUGAUGACUUGAGACCUGUAACAAGGAUCUCAAAAAGUCUUUACUCGUCUGCUGUUCUUCCCUCUGCAAGAUCUUCUGACGAACGACAGAUUAUUCCUGUCAGACAGUCACCCUGGGACGAAACGCCGUCAAUUAUCGUUAACAGAACAGACAAUUACAAGACCGGAACAUCCGUUGGUUUGCAACAAAGUUUAGACCAUAGAAGAACUCUACGACGCGACAGAGAUCGAAGACGAAGGAACGAUGCGAUCAAUCAUCAGUACCCCAAUACAGGAUACGGCGAGAACCCGGAGGAUCUCGACGCGGACUAUGCACCCCAGGAAAACCAUUAUUCUCCUUCAACGAGCUACGGAACUGAAUACACCGACUCAUACUCACCAAGGUUUCCCGAUCAAGUAAUCGAUCACAUACACGGACCAGAGAAGUACAGUUCUUUAUCCACUGGUUCAGGCUACAGGAGCAAUAGAUACUACGAGAACAGCGAGGAGUCUUCCUCGUACCCCGGAAGUCCGGAGCCUUGGCAUCCUCAUCAUCAUCAUCAUCAUCAUCCACGACCGUCAUUGGGCUACCAAAAAUUUCCCGCCUACUCUUCGUGCGAUAAUCCAAGCCACGGAGAGGCGACUCCAUCCUUGAUCGGAUUGCUCUCAGCGAUCGGUUCCAAUCUACUGAACCUGUUCAAAAUCGGCUUGGGCAGCAGCCUGUCGAUAGCAAUACCUCUGAUAGCCCUUAAGUUCUUCUUGAUCCCAUUGAAGAUCUUCAAGUUUAUUAAAAUCGCGAAAAUCCUGCUGAAACUCUUCUUCGUCAUACCGUUCAUCCUGCGAGUAUUCGCCCCGUCAAUUUACUCUGCGAUCACGCUUCACGGGGUUGGAUUUGCCGAGAGGAUUGCCGAAGUUCGGACUGAGGAGAACAGAGGCAUCGUCGUCGAUCAGCCCGGCGAUGAUUCCACCUGGUGGAACGUCCUCGGAGUUAACCUCACCGAGAGCUUCUUGGCGGAAGCGACAAGUGCUCAAAACUGCCCCAGCAGAGUCGCCUGCGAAUUGGGGUCGUAUUUGGCGAGCAGGAACAAGUUGCCUGAUAAUCUCAGCAAUUUUCUUCUUCACGCAAACGAUUCUGAGGCGGGCAAAGUCUCUCGCAAUAACGCCGGCAAUGAGAAAAAGGAAAGGGAAGAAGUUACCAACGUUUUUAUUACAGCCCUAACCCAACGCUGGACGUACGAUCGAUGCAACGUUUAUGCGUGUGGAAUUUCUCUCUAAUUAUAAUAAAACGAUGCU